AUCAAGCAGAUAAAUAAAACAAAAUGAAGAGCUUGUCUUCUUAUAUCGCUACUCUACGUUGCGAUAUACAAUGUAUCAUCCUUUAAAUUCCUCAGAUUCAAUUUCAAAUAGUCUUACAGCUUAAAUUUAACUUGUAUUAACUCAGUUAUAACUUACCAUUGUGUAGCUUAGAGUAAUUUCACAGUGUUUGAGCAGUGGCAUUGGUGAGCUGGUGUAAUGGAGCUACAGCAAAUGGGAUGGGCUUGGCAUAGAGAGAGGCGAGCACUUCAUAGAUCUGCACAUCCUCGAGGAAGCACCUAUGCACAAUAUGGUGAAAACCCAUUUUUCUAGCGUUUUGUGGUUGCUGUAUACUUAGAGGUGUAUAGUGGAAGCUGUUAAGAUAUGAAAAGGGUUACCUCUGUUAUUUCUAGCCCAGUAACAGUGAGUUAGCCUCCCAGCUUUAUGAGCCAAAUUAGACACAGGUACUGCUUUGGACAGACAGUGUUCUUCCUGAAGGGGACAGGAAAAGAAGCAGUUUUGGCAACACAGCUAGAGUUGAACAGGCCUAAAAACAGGUUUUAUACAGUCCUGAUGAAAUUAAUCAACUUUUUUUCAGUUUUUCAGCUAAAAAUACUAAAAAGACUCACUGUGGGGACAUGUGAGACUUUGAUUAUCUUGCUGAACAGGGACAUAUAUGGGACCUCUGGAGUAGUAAGGCAUUAUUUUCAUGGAAAGCAAUUUACCAAUGUGUAAUCUUGAUAUACAGAUAUGAAUUUUGAAGGAUUUACUCAUUGACUAAAAGGCACUUUAAUAGUUGCCUGAUUUUACAUGCAACAAUAUGCCCAGUUUAAAGAAUAUGGUCUGGGAUUGAGGCUGCACAUUGGCUUGGUGGUUAGAUACGAUUUUUGGACUGUGGGAGGAAGCCAGAGUGCCUGGAGAAAACCCACGCAUGCACAGGAAGAACAAACUCCAUGCAGAAAGAUCCCGGGAAAGCUGGGAUGAUUGUGUACAUAUUUAUCGAAAAAAAAUAACAUGAGCAAAUCGUAACACAUAGAAACAAUGUUUUUGGCAUUUUCUUUUUGAAUAGUCUGAUUAUUUCCAAUUCGUUUGCAACUGCGGAGUCUAGGACGAAAGUUGGAACGUCAUUGAAUUACCAUUGAUAUUUAAAUUUAAGAUAUGAAAAAAAUAUUGAAUCAGCUGGGAUGUUGAGCCUAGAGUUGCAAAAAGUUUAAGCUAGUUCAUGUAGCAUAACAUUGUUAGCUUAGCAUAAAGUCAGCUAGUGAGCAGUUCAGACCAUAGACUGUAAAAUGGUUCAAAUAGACAUUAAUACUUUUUUUCUCCUUUUACUGCUGGUCAGUUAUACAACUAAUGGGUAACCCUCCUUUUUUCUUUUUUUUGACUGCUGUAAAACUUUAGACUUUAAAUGCACUUUAUACACUGUUCGUUGCUGUUUCUUCGUUUCAUUUUCUGCUCCUUUUAAUAGCAUUGAGUCAGUGGUGACGGUCCCAACAAAUUAAACUCGAACUUGUCGCACAGCUGAUACAUUUAGUCUAAGUGUGUGUGUGUGUGUGUGUGUGUGUGUGUGUGUGUGUGUUUGUGUCGGGGGGAGGGCCGGUUUCCUCUCCGGUGAUGCGGAGCGGGGAGUUGGGCUACAGCGGUGUAGCUUAGCUUAGCUUUCGCCCUAAAAAGUCAACCAGCGGCCGCUUGGUUGGCACUGUGCUGCUCCGGGGAAGCAGGAGAGACUUUACUGUAACGGAAGAAGGGCGACAGCUGUUGGGGGGGAAAGAACGCUGAGAUUUUAAAAACCUAUUUCAAUGGAGGAUUCCAGCACCCUUCGUCUCCUUUCAGUCUUUUUGACUUUAGAGUUGCUGUCGCUUUCUAACGGGACAGACAGUGCCAAGCUGGAAUGCCCUAUCAGAAUAACUCCAGACACGAUGGUGAUGCAAUACAAAAGCGAAACCCAGAAUGCAACGUGCACGCCGACAUCUGACAGCGUCCCAAAUGUUGAUAAAAUAUUCUGGCAGGGUCUGCAGGGAAAAGGAACUGAUAACACAGUUUGGUUUGUUGACACCCACAAAGACUGGAAUGAGCGUCCUGUGUGUUACGCAAAUUUUCAGGGAAUUGAAACAUGCCACAAAACCUUAAACUUCAUUCUUUACAAAACACCAGACAGUGUUAGAAUCCAACAUUUGGAUAAUUCCAGCUCAGUGGUGGAGAACGGGGAGCUCCAGCUGCAGUGUGACGUUAUCAAUGUUGCUCCUGCACAAAACCUCAGGAUACACUGGUACAGAGGGAAUGAAACCCUUAAAACAGGCCCAAUGCAAAUGACUCGCUGUUGGACUGACAAUGACACCAACUGCAACAUCAGUAUGAUCAGAUCCCCGGUAAAUGUGUCUUUUACCGUUAGCAUCACUCUGAACCGGAAUCACAGCGGAGCAGAUUUCAGAUGUGAGGCUCAGUUGGACCUGGGACCUGGGGGACCAGAUCCUCCUCCAAACAUGAUGUCCAGUCCUCUCAGCAUCACUGUCUUCUAUAAGCCCACCAUUAAUACCACAAAGCUGCCAAAGACAAUCCCAGUGUUCAGAGGUUAUCCUGAGGAGCUUGUUUGUGAAGCCGACGGUCACCCGCCUCCAACAAUCCAGUGGCUCUACAGCUCAGACAAGGCACCUCAUGAGCUUGAAGGCAAACUCACCGUGUCUGAGGCGGGCCUCUACAACUGCACUGCUACCAACGAUGUUGAUUCCACAGUGCAUGUGGUUGUAGUGAUUUUAAAAGAGGACUACCUACCCCUCAUCGCUGGAUUUGUGGCUGUCACCGUAGUGGCCAUCUCCAUCGUCUUCCUCUUCAUCUACUCCAUCUACUACAAGAACACCAAGAUGCGGCGCUACAGUCUCAAAAACCCCAAACUCAGCACUCACGAUGGGAACGUGGCUCACAACGGCUGGGACCUGCCGCUGCCUAUGACCAAACUGUCUUAGCAGUGCGUCUGUUGAUAGAACCGACCACUCUGAAUGAGCUGCAUCUCUGCCACCUGAUCUGCAGUGUUUUAAAGCCCACAUAGCGGUCAGAGGGCAUGCUGACACUGGACGCUUUUCAAAUCACUUCUGUUACUCUGUAUGUCACACACGCAGUUAUCACAUCUGUUUUUCCAUAUAUAACAGUGUUUCAUCCUUUAAGGAGUAAUAUAGUCAUUAUGCAAUGGAGCGACCUUGACUUGAGAUGUACAGUUGUGUAUGUACUACUGGAUUUUUACCAGUUUUCACUGGACAGGAGGAACGAGCAAGGAAUCUGACUUGCAAAAGAUGGAGUUUUUGUGUUUUUCAUGAGCCCAAAGGGAAUCUAAUGUGAUUAUUAUUGUUGUUUUUAUGUUCUUUGUUUCACUAAUGUUUGACUUUUUGAUCAAAUUCUGCCCCAUUAUAAUGUACUUAAAGACAGGUCUCUGUAUGUAGUUCUGUUCCAAACCAAACGAGAUUUUAGCGUGCACUUAAGAUAUUGUAAACCUUAAACUGCCAUGAUUUUAUUUCUCAUACUAACUGGUGAAGCUUCUGAGUUUGCAUCUUGGAAUGUGUGAAGCAGAAGAAUCUGUGGACACUCCUGCUUGUUUAUGCCAUUUAUUGAACCCACUGUCCUCUCGCUACACUUUGUAAGUCACUCUGCACUUCUUUGUGAGUUUGUAGCCUUCUCCGUGCCUGGGCCCUUUAGUGCCAUACUGUGUCAGGCUCAGGCCUUAUGGGACAAAUUGUCCUUUUCAACACUUGUGUGCUUUUGUAUGAACGACUGCAGGCAUUAUAGCCUAUCUGAACUGUAUAUUCUGAGUGAUAUUUUAUGUAUGAGCAAAUCUUUAUAUUUAUUUAUGAAAAAACAGUCACGACUGAACAAUUUAGUAUUGUAAAUGGACUGCACACAGGUGUGUAAAUGUUGCAAAACGAUGGAAGAGUGGAAUUCACCUGCAAAAUGAGGGAAAUGAAGACAUUGUAACACAUCUGUAAAUACUGCUGUAAAUAUUUGUCACUGGUGUAAAACAGUAUUUUAUUAUUAAAAAAAUGGCUUUUCAAACA